AUGGGAUUUCUGAGCAGCUUGUUGGAAAUCCUUGGAUUUGGAAUUGGAAUUCCUCUGGGACUCUUGGUGGGGUUUUACUAUUUCAUAUAUUCGAAACCCAACGAAGUAAAGGAACCAGUGAUCAAGACACUUCAUGAGUUGGAUAAAAGUGCUUUGCAAGACCUUCUUCCGGAUAUUCCAUUGUGGGUGAAGAACCCAAAUUAUCAUAGAGUAGACUGGAUGAACAAGUUCAUUUCAGAUUUAUGGCCUUACAUUGACAAGGAAAUUACUGGUAUGAUAAGAAGCACGGCUGAACCUAUAUUUUCCGAGUACAUUGGGAAGUUUCAGAUUAAAGAAAUCGAGUUUGAGAGACUAAGCAUUGGAACAAUUCCUCCUGUUCUAAAUGGUCUUAAAGUGUACGAGACUAAUGAGAAGGAAUUAAUCAUGGAGCCAUCAAUAAAAUGGGCAGGCAAUCCCAACAUAGUUGUAGUUGUAAAUAUUUGUUCUUUACCAAUUAGAGUGCAGUUAGAGGACUUACAAAUAUUUUUGGCCCCAAGGAUAACUUUGACACCUCUUGUGCCUGCCUUCCCAUGUUUUGCAAACAUAGUGGUGUCAUUGAUGGAAAAGCCUCAUGUAGAUUUUGGAAUGAGCAUAUUGGGAGGUGAUCUCAUGUCUAUACCUGGCCUCUACCAUUUUGUACAGGGAACCAUAAAAAAGGAAGUUGCAGACCUCUACCUCUGGCCUCAAACUCUUGAAAUACCUAUACUUGAUGCUUCAACUGUGGCUGUAAAAAAGCCGGUGGGAAUACUACAUGUGAAUGUUGUUCAAGCAGUUAAACUCAUAAAGAAGGAUAUUCUAGGAUCAUCGGAUCCCUAUGUCAAACUCAGCUUGACUGGAGAUAAGCUACCAGCUAAGAAAACAAGUAUCAAGAAAAAGAAUUUGAACCCCGAGUGGAAUGAGAAGUUCAAGCUUAUUGUGAAGGAUCCCAAUUCCCAGUUUCUUCAGUUACAAGUCUUUGAUUGGGACAAGGUUGGUGGACAUGAUAGGAUAGGCAUGCAGUUAGUUCCUCUCAAAAUGCUUACACCUUUCGACAUGAAGGAGUUCAAACUUGAUUUGCUCAGCGACAGAAAUGAUACUUGUUGUUUUCAAAGCAAGAACCAAAGAGGGCAAUUGGUGGUCGAGCUGAAGUUUGUGCCUUUCAAAGAGGAAAUGGGGAGAUUUAGUGGACCUUUGGAUAUCAUGGAGCCAAAGGAAAACGAAACUACUAAUGAAAUUGGAAUCAAAGAAGUGUCAUUGUCCUUGGAUGAUGGGAGCACUCUAGGUGGAGCUGGUUUACUAUCAGUUAUAAUCCAAGGAGCUGAGAAUGUAGAAGGCAGAUGUCACAACAAUCCUUAUGCUUUGAUCAUCUUUGGAGGAGAAACAAAGAAAACAAAGAUGAUUCGAAAAACUCGUGAUCCAAGAUGGGAUGAAGAAUUCCAGUUCAUGCUCGAGGAGCCUCCUUUACAUGAGAUAAUUCACAUUCAAGUUAUCAGCAAGCGAACAGGAUUUGGUUUUCGAUUUAAGGAGUCGUUAGGAUAUGUGGAGUUUACUCUUGCAGAUGUUGUACACAACGGCCGGAUCAACCAGAAAUAUCACUUGAUCGAUUCGAAGAAUGGAGUUAUACAUGUUGAGAUCAUCUGGAAGAAGAUAUGAGGAAUGGAACCUGGACAUUAACCUAGAACUAGAGGGGAGAACAAUCAGAACAUUGUUGACUCUGUGAAUCAAAGUUCAUACAGUACUA